AUGGAUGAUCACAGAGUCCUCUUCACGACGUUGGACGUUGUGCGUUUCAGGGCGGUUGAGGGUGACAACACGCCCUCGGACGACGAAGCCGACGAAGAAGAAGCUGCUGAGGCCGAGGCCAAGAAACCUAUCGUCGGCCCCGUCACUGUUUGGGUUGGACCACCCCGCCCAUGGCUGUCCACAACGCCGCUCAGGACGUCCUGGCCCUUCUCAGGAAGCACAACAUCACUGACGUCAACGUCGAGGUUCGAGAAUCCUAUUAUCAUAGCGAAGCUGGUCCUCGGCUUUUCGAACCAGCCCAAAGUUCAGGGGACCAUGUACCUGUACCUCAAUGAGGGCGGGGACAGCGAUAGGCUCCUGGGCGUCACAUGCCGUCACGUCUUAUUUGGAUCCAAUGAACCGAACCAGGACUACUUUUGCCACCCUAGUGCGCCUUCUAGGAAUGUCCAUCUGCUUGGCCAGAAAUCUUACAAUAACCUCGUCGCCUCGAUCAAACUCCAGAUUGCAGACCUCGGCAUUGCGGCUCGACGCUGGGAGAGGCAGAUCGGACAGUUUGAGGAGAGGGAGAAUUGCGACAACGCUGCACGGGCUAGGAACGAACGACUUGAGACCCAGGGGCUGCUGAACAAAGCUAUGGUGGGCAUGGACGAGCUUAUAAUGUUCCAGCGUCGGGUUGAAACAGACUGGAGCGACAAGAACAACCGUGUCCUUGCCCACGUCCUCUGCUCCCCAGCCAUCGGUCUCGGCGUCGGUCAGCAACAGUUCACCGAAGACUGGGGAAUCUUCAAGAUCGAUCGCGACAAGCUCGGUGACGCUUCAAAGGGAACAAGAUCGACCUUGAUCUCGCCCCCAGUCUUCACCCGCAUGUGCUUUCCCCACCCAGAAGCCGAUUGGGAGUUCGAGUAUCCUACAGAUCGUCUGCUUCCAGUUCGUGGUGUCAUCUCCGACCAGCUCAUGUGCUCCCCCGAUAUGAAGGACCAGGACGGCAAACCCUGCUUGCUUGUUGUCAAACACGGGAAUUCCAGCUGCACUACGCUCGGCCGUGCCAAUGGGGUCUUCUCCGUCGUUCGCAAGUACAAGGCCGGAGAUGUGGCCGUCAAGGAAACCUCCUUGGAGUGGGGAAUCAUCAAUUUCGACACCAAAUCUGGGGUGUUCUCGGAAGGUGGUGAUUCGGGCUCCGCGAUCGUCGAUAUCCAUGGCCGUAUUGGUGGCCAGCUUAUUGGCGGCAGCGGCAGCAUCGAAUUCUCCGACAUGACCUACGCCACGCCCUUCUGGUGGGUGCUCGAGCGUACCAAGGCCAACGGGUUCCCCAAUGCGAACAUCAGCGUCGCCUAA